AUACCAAGUAUGAAAGCAAAAGUUACACAUAUCCUAUUUAGGUCGCAGUGAGAGCGCAGCGAGAUCGCCGUCUAGUGGAAAGGGGUCGUUAGCACUUUCACCAAAUUGGACACGACUUCGGCAACUGAUUAAACAGGAGAAGUUUGCAACAUACCCUCCGGGUCACUCCCCUUACAAAAACAUCAAAGGCGCCGCCCUAAUACGGAUCUGGGUGGUGUUAAAACAGCCGUGCGGGAGUCGCGUCUCUUUUGUACCAGUUCUGCUCGUACACGUUCCACAGUACGGACGCUGGUUAACGGUCAGGCACGCACAGCAGGGGAGGCAGAAUCAUCAGACCAUGGCGGCAGCAGUGAGGACGUUGGUAGUGCUGGCAUGGCUUGUCGUCACCGCUCACGGGCACGUCCGGCUAACCUUCCCGCCCGCGCGCUGGUUCGACUUCGACUUUCUCGACAACGUGCACGGGAGCCAGGGUCCAUGCGGCAUGGCCUCUUCAGAUCCGCCGGAGAUCACAUACUUGCCACUGAACACGGAUGUAGUUGUGGAGUGGCACGAAGCCUACGUUCACACCGGCGGGUUCAAAAUCGAACUUCUGACGAGCGAGGAUGACCAGAGCCCCACCCUGCUCACUCCUGACGACGGGAAUGGUUACACGGGGGCCGACGACGCUACGAGGCAGAAUUAUACCGUGCAGAUCAGCACAGAGUGCGUGAACUGCACUCUCCGUCUGACCCGCCAGGCGGCGGAGUGGACAACUGCCGGUGGUGACGACUACGUCUUCUACAGCUGCUCUGACGUCACCGUAGAUGACGCUGCUACCAUAUUUGACGGAGACAAGUGCAACGCUGCCAGGUGUUCAGGACACGGCACCUGUAGCGACGACGGCUCCACCUGCACCUGCGAUCACCUGUACACGGGAGACAGGUGUCAGUUCAGAGACGGUUGUGAGACGGACGCUGACUGCGGUGACCAUGCCGUGUGUGUGAAAGUGUCGAUGACGAACUACCCCAUGAACCGAUGUUUCUGUGAGGCCGGCUGGUUCGGAGAGACGUGUUCUUCAAGCUCUGACAUCACAACCACUGACAUGGACACCAGCGACUACUUCCACAGGGAGCUGACGGACGGGUUUGACCUUUAUUGGAAGAUUAUGCAGAGCUCCGGUGAGAUAGAAGUGAUGCUGCAGACGGAGGGAAUGGGCUGGGUAGCGGUAGGGUGGAGACCCUCAGGUCUAACCUCCACAUGUCGGGAUUUCCCGGUGAACUACGCUGGAUAUGAGGGUGUCAAACCGGCGAGGGAGGAGGAAGAGGAGCCUUUCGUGACUAGCCAGCGGUCUGCACGCAGUAUUCGGCGGUACACUCGGCAGGCUACGUCCGAGCCGGAACCCGAGGCUGAGUCCAUCGUUCCGGACCAGUGCGUAACGCCUGAGCCGGAAAGUGAACCGGAAAGCGAACCGGAGGGUACAGCGGAACCGGAAGGCACGGCGGAACCGGAAGGAACGGCGGAACCGGAAGGCACAGCGGAACCGGAAGGCACGGCGGAACCGGAAAGUGAACCGGAAGGCACUGCUGAAGCAGAACCGGAGGGAGAGCCGGAAAGCGGUACCGGCGGCGGUUCCCUCCACGCCAUGGACUGUACGGACAUGGUGAUCGUGGUGACCCGCGGGGACCUGUACCGGGUGGAUGACUGCUACACGCGGGACCGCUCCACGCCCCGCCGGGACAGGUGGUACGGCAGCGGCGGAGGGGACAGCCUCACCGCCGCCAUCGCCAGGGAGGAGAACGGUGUCAUCACGGCCAGGUUCAGGAAGAAGCUCCACGAGAACCCCGACAGCCCCUCGGGCUCCACAGAGUGCCUGGGUAGUUACAGCAGCCCUGACGGCUGCCAGGGCACGGCCUGUGACUACUCCGCCAGCUGGUGGUACGACGAGACCACAGACAAGAUCAUGUUCGACGUGAUGGGCAGACAGACCAGCGACCGAUGGAUCGGGCUGGGCUUCUCCACAGACCAGUCAAUGACCGACGCUGAUGCAGUGGUGGGAUGGUGGAACGACGAUGGGACUGUGACCAUCACGGACAGAUGGCUGUCUGCCAAGUCCACCACAGGUGUCGGUGUGGAUGACUCUGACGACCUGGAAGGGAAGGAAGGAUCGUACAUAGACGGGGUCCUCCGCAUCAAGUUUACACGUGCACGGGCAACAGGUGACGACUCUGAUCUGUCCUUUGCCGACAACUGUCUCCACAUGUUCUUCGCGCAAGGCGGAACCUUCAAUCAGGGCGACCUGUCAAUCACCAAGCACGAGGCCACGCCCAUCGUCUCAGCCAAUGAGAUCUGCAUAGCUCGCUGUGUUUCCGGUUCCGGUGUCCCGACCGUGUCCUGGGCCCUGCUCGUGUCCCUGUUGGCUGCCACGACCUACUCACUGCGGUGGUGAUACCAGGAAAGGUCGUCAGCUCGACAGAUGUGUACAUAAAAUACUUGGUUUAUGAUUAUCGCCACAUUUCUAGAAAGACAGAUUUUAUAAGAUUGUAGGUGUUGUAUUCAUGUGUGGCGCCAAUGUACUGUUAACAUCAAAAGGUAAUCAAGAAAUACCUCAGUCUAUUUGUUUACUUGUUUGUUUGUUUGUUUGCUUGCUUG